AUGGAGGAGAAGAGGGUGCUGGAGGGUCCAGUAGAGGAAGUUAGUAGGCUACUUGAGGGGGAGGGCAUGAGGAGGAAGGUUGUGGAGGAUGAUUUCAAGUGGUUGCUCCAGAAUGGUGUUUUCCAAGUGGUGGAAAAAGCGGUUGAGUGCGCCAAUGUUUCCCUAGGUUUAAGGUGUAUGAAGGCAGCUUGCAUCACUGCCGGGGUUGAGGGUGGUAAGCAGGUGAUUAGGGAGCAGAUUUCCACCGAGAAAUUCAUGUCUGACGAGCCGAGUACCCUUCUGGAGCAUACUCAGGUAAUGCAUGAGAAUGUGAAGUUUCUCUUGGAGAAUGAUUUUGCCUCCUACCUCCACCUUGGUGAGCUUGACAUGGAGGGUCUCCGUCAGCUGUGGAGUGAUCUAGAUGCCGAAGAUCUUUAUAGUUCCGGGUGGACUGCCUUCCUGGGAGUGACCUUUAGAUCAUCUUAUCUCAUGGUGCCUUCUGCCUGGUUCUUUUGUUUCUUCUUUGUCACAACCGCCAUAUUUCCUUGUGUAGUGUUGUUUGGGGCUUUAUAUGGUGGGAGUUCAACCCGGAGGUGA